GUCAGUUGAAUCGCGAUACUCCAGCUGGUUGGACGUAGGCAAGCUGUAUCCGUCUCUGCCGUGGCAGCGAAAAAGUGUGCGCUUCUUGUGUUCCCAUUUCGACCAGUUGCGGGAAUUUUCCAAGAGCCAAAGAAGAAAGGCAAUCGAUCUUCAGAGUGAUUUUUUUUACUUACUUACUUUUAAAGAUAGCUUAGCUACCUAUAUUGGUAGUAAGAAAAAAAGCUCUUGAUCUUCCUUCCGCAUUUACGUGCGCGAUCGCGACAUUCUUCCCAGAGUUUUAUUAUAUUACAUUGUGCAAGAGAAAAUUGAUGGUCAUCGCCAUUUUUUGUGCAUACUCAAAGACAAAUUGCAAGAAGAAAUUUUGACGAUCUUUUGUACUCAACUUUCGUGCGUGGCGACAAAAAGUCUCUCUCACUCUGCGUGCGGUGAAAGAGAUCCAAAAGUAUAUUUUUUUUGGAUUUUUUUAUUUCUGGAUUCCCCAAGUGUUUGGAGUAAGGAAAGAGGAAAAAAACGAAGACUUGGUAUAUGCGGUGUAAUGAUGGCAUUUAGUCUUCCGGAGAAAUAAAUCGCGUAUAUGUGUGUAAUUAAUUCUGAGCACCCAAAGUGAUCGUACUUGAACUUCGUCGUGUGAUCUUUGAGCUUGAAAAUUGAUCGCGCAAAGGUGACGAUCGUUUUUGCUGCACACGAAGAAAUUGACUCUAAAAUGAUGCCGAAAAGCCUCCCAAUGGAUUAUCUUAUGCGCUACAGAAGGGUGUCCUUUCCCAAAAGGUCAACAGAUAUUGUGGCACUGAUUGCCGUGUCCUGCACAUUGUUCCUCUUCCUCCACACGCAAAGUCUCACAUCCCGCUUAAGAGAGAUGGAAGACAAAUUGCAGCCAUCAGAGAUGUCCGCCAGUGGUCUAAGCGGAAACUCCAUUAGUCAAGAAUCUGCACAAAGCAACGUCCACGAAAUGUACAAAUACCUCAAAAGUACUGGGCAGAUGAGCACACUGAGAGCGUGGGACUUGAAUAACACGCGGAAGGCUGACAUGGAGCUGGUAUUCUUCAAUCGAGUCCCCAAAGUGGGCAGUCAGACAUUCAUGACCCUCAUACGGCGACUAUCGGCGGAAAAUAGCUUCACUUUCCACCGUGACGCCGUGCAGCGCAUCGAAACCAUCCGGCUGUCACCGGAUCAGCAGCUCGAGCUGGCCGAUAUGGUGUCGGAACUGCCAACACCCAGUGUCUACGUGAAGCACGUCUGCUACACGAAUUUCACACGCUUCGGCCUCCCAACGCCAAUCUACGUGAAUCUCGUGCGGGAUCCCGUUGAGCGUGUCAUCAGCUGGUACUACUACAUCCGUGCCCCGUGGUACUAUGUGGAACGCAAACAGGCCUUCCCUGACCUCCCACUACCCGAUCCACGGUGGCUGCGCAAAGACUUCGAGACGUGCGUCCUCAAUCACGAUCCCGAGUGCACAUUCAACUACGGCGAGACUCACGAGGGUAUUGGGGAUCAUCGUCGGCAGACACUCUUCUUCUGCGGGCACGACGAAGAGUGCACGCCCUUCAACACAGUGGGGGCUCUGGAGAGAGCUAAAUACGCCGUGGAGUCGCAGUAUUCAGUUGUGGGGGUACUUGAGGAUCUCAAUACAACACUUUCAGUAUUUGAAGCCUAUAUUCCUCGAUUUUUCAGAGGAGCCAAAAAUAUCUACUGGGAGGAAGUUAACAACUUCAACAAGAUAAACAGGAACUCCUUCAAACCACCCGUGAGUGAGGAAGUGAAAGAUAUUGUAAGGCGCAACUUCACCAGAGAAAUCGAAUUCUAUCAAUUCUGCAAACAGAGACUCCACAAACAAUUCCUAGCCGCCAAAUUACCACUGAAUUGAGAGACUAAAACAUCCCUUAUUUCUCAUUAUUCUUCCCUUCAUAAAAUGAUUUAAAAAAAAACUUUUCUCUUUAAAAAUUCAUUUCAUUUUUAUUUUUUUUAUAGAAUUUUUUAUAAUCUAUUUUGCACAUGUUUGUGCUAUUCUGUCGUUUAUAUUUCUCAUUUUUUUUAUAUAGAAAACUUCUCAUCUAUUCUUUGUAUGUUGAAAGACUAAAAAGUAAUCACAAGAAUCCUAAAAAAAAAUUUAAUUCAUCACGAAUUAAAUUUCUUUUUCUUUGUCUAUUUAGCUUUGUUUUUUUUUUAGUUAAUAUACAAAACUAUUUUAUAGAAUGAUCGUGAUAUAAGUAAAUAAAAUAAAAACUCUAAAAUAUUGAUAA